AUGGCCCUUAGCUCUAGGAUUGCCACCCUUUCGUUAGCAUCCAAUGCUGAGAUACCUCUUCGUCGUCACGCGAAGUCGUCUUCAAGCUGCUGUCCCGUAGAACCCACGUCUUUUAUUGAUGGGAUACCAGCCCAUAUGCUGCUUGACGAGCCCGUCCCCACUCAACACGCGACUUCUGAGGAUAUUCCAGAUCGUCAAUGGUGGUGCCUACCCGCUAUCUCCCAGCGAACACAAGGCCAAGAGCCACUGGCGCCGAUACGAACCAUACUAGGGCAUGCGCUAGACCUCCCUGUGCCAAUUAACCUGCCCAUACAGGACACAAGCCCUUUCGUCUUUGGGACAACAGAGCCAAAUCACUGUCGCGCUCCAUUUCCGGGUCCUCUUUCGUUAUCCGCCAAACCGCUUCAGUCGCAACAUAAUGUUGCUCAGCGGGCACAUAGUAUCAACCUGUCGGAGCGAGGGGCCGCAGACAGCAGUCUACGCAAUCACUGUUCUAGGCCCGCCUACAUGGACGGGCAUACUUUCGCUUCACCUCCCACGUCUCUCUUGGAAGAAAUAGAGACGCCCCCCACUACGCCAGAAAACGGCAGGGAGAUGACCAUGUUCGGCCGGUACGAGGAGCUUCUAUCGGACGUGCAGAUAACGGAGUUUGAUGAGCAUGGCGCUAAGUGUCGGCUAUGUGAAAAGGUGAUCAGGCUCGGCCCGACCAACACGUACACCUUAGGACCGUGGGACCAACAUAAAAAGACCUGCAAGGGUGAUAGGAUUCGAAGAGGGCGUGGAUUCGAUGUGAGUAUUGUCAAGUUCAAUGUUCUAAGCGUAGUAAAGGUUGAUAUAUCUCUUAUGAAGGAUCUGAUGAGUUUUGAUAUUAUGGAGGCUAUUGAGGAGAGGCAUUACCUCAUGUUUAACGAUCUCACCCAUUCAAGCGUUGUCAAUUUACGCAGGUCGGUGAGCGCUUGGGCAUCUGGGUGGAAGGUCAGGUUGAACCAAUUCAAGGUGAAGGAGCGCUUGAACCCCAACGUCGCGUUUAUCGACGCAGCGAAACUUCCUGUACCUGGUGAUCCAAGUAACACCCCCAUCAUCGUGUAUACUGUUAACGACCUACGUUAUCGCACCAUAUUCGCCCGGCCCGAGAUGAAUACGACCUUUAUUAUGGAAGGCAAGCGGUCCCUAUCAAUAUACCCGUCUCCGACCUUCGCCAUCGAGCCUUCCAUUCGAACGCUCAGCCCGUACUGGAAGAAUCGUCUCGUGCUUGAUGAACCAAAUGCAUUCACUGCCAAAGAAGGGGAGAUCGUGAGGUUAAUGAUGGGUGGUGGUGGUGGUGGGAUGGGAGACCAGGGUACGACGACGUCAUCUAUCGCCUUUGUGAACAUGCGGUAG